AUGCUCAUACGAGGUCUUCAAAGCAAACCCACACUGAAGUCAUUACAUAUUGUUAUGGAAGGAUCUAAUUUGAGUUGUGUUCAACAUUUUCCUAAGGUUGAGCAUCUUGUUUUAAAGGCAACCGUUAGUGCCACGGAGUUGGCUGAGUAUUGCGUAUCAAAUCCAAAAUUGAUCUACUUAGAGAUCAACAAUAAUAUUUACGGAAACUUAACUGAGUUUCUUCCUCAUUGCAAUCAGAUGCAAACAUUAAAAUUUACUAUAAAAAGUGAUUUUACUGACUCUGAAUAUAUAGCAAUAGCUGAAUUACCAGAAUUGUGUGAGUUGUCAAUUCGGGGAGAACACAAAAUUGGUUCCCUGAAUACACUUAUUAAAGCACUAGCUAGAAAAGAACCCAAGACGCUUAGAAAAUUGAUGAUUAGUGGAGCAUGCAUUGACAUUGAAGAAAUUACGGAAAUGCUACAAAUACAGUCAUUAGAAUAUUUUGAAACCAAUGGAAUUGAAGGGCUUUCUAUAAUUGUUAACUCAAUACGGUUCGAUCAAAAGUUAGCAGAUCUUACCUUAUACUUUAACAAAGAAGUGGAUGCUACCGACGUGGCUGCUUUGCCUAAUGUAAUAAAUUUCUCUACUUUAUUACUUGUAUCAAAUCACAAGAUCGGAACUUUAAAAAAACUCUUUGAAACAAUAGCAUUACAAAAAUCACCGAAACUGAAACGAUUAAGAUCAACGUCAUCUGCGAAUUUUGAAAAUAGCAAUAAGAAUGAAAGUGAUCUUGAUAAGCAUUUUGCUGCAAGUGACAAAAUUACAGCCCUUAAUAAGGAGGAGUUGAUUGAGCUUUUAAAAAUAAAAUCAUUAGAAGUUGUAGAUUGUUCAAUCGAUGAUUCAAGACCAAUAGAAUUGCCUACCCAAUUGGCUCAAAUCGAAGAAUUGUGCAUUAGAACUUGCGCUGGCGGAUCCUUGACCAAUCUCUUCCAUGCGUUUGCAUUGCAGGAAUACUCAAAACUUAGCACAUUAUGCAUUGAGGGACACCACCUCAAUUGCGACGAUGUUACUCAAAUUGCGAAGCUAAAGUGUUUAACUUACUUAAAAUGUGGAUUUGCUGACUUAGAAAACAUACAUUUGCUCACCAAGAUAAAAACGCUAGAAAUACUUGGGAUAAACUCUCGACAUCAGCUUAAGGAAAGCUCAGAAAAUAUAUUAAAGCUUUUUAUUUCAUUUAAUGGUAAUUUAAGUAUAUAUUAUGCGGAUGUCAUAAGUAUGGAUAAAAACCUGCGAGCGCUAACAAUACAAAUGAGUGAAACUAUCUGCUCUGAAGAUUUAGUACCCUUAACCAAUUUGCCCAACUUACCGAAUUUAAUAAUAAGUGGACGACAUACUCUGGACUCCCUGACCCCACUGCUGACAGCGUUUGCUUCUAAUCAAUCAACGGCUCUUCAGGAGAUAUGCAUUGACAUUGAUUCCCUAUGCUAUAACGAGUUAGUCCAAAUUUCUCGAAUCAAAUCAUUAAGAUAUCUAGAAUGCGGUUUCUGCGACCCCCGAAGUAUUAAGCUCUUAGCAGAGCUGCCAAAUCUUGAAAACUUGCGCAUCAAAUCGCUGCACGAUCUACAUGAGAUUGCGGAAGGCGUCUUGAGUGUUCUUCAGGGAUGUGCAAAUGAAGUAACUGUCAUUCGAGAUUAUCGAGAGAUUUCGUUUAAUAAAAAUCUGAAAAAACUUACAAUUUCAAACACUUCUUACGACAAUGAAAUCCUUGACGCGCAGGAGUAUGCGCUGCUAGCUAAAUUACCUCAUUUGAAUGCGCUCCAUAUACAAGGAGAGCACAAGCUUGGAUCAUUCGAAAGCUUAUUCCUGGCUCUUGUUGCAACAAAACAGUCAGCUCUUGAGGAAAUAUCUAUAGUGCGAAACAGUAUUAGUGAACAGUUUUCAAAGCCCACGAUCAGCCCUGAAGAAACUAAGGCAAUUUCAAAAAUAUUGUCUCUGAGGAAACUGAAAUGCGGAUUCUUAGAUGCGAAUAGCAUUGAGAUCUUGGCCCAGCUAACAGAGCUUCACGAACUUGUCAUAACAACUCAUAAGCAGGGCUCUCUUAUGCAGUUCCUCGAAUCUCUAUCCUUACGACACUCAUCGAAUCUUCAAUCUUUGGUCAUAGAAGAAAAUGAACUUACUGCUGAAGAAACUAUCCAAGUUGCACGGGUCAAGUCAUUAAGGAGACUGGAAUGUGGAUUUGUUGGACAAAAUAUUGAAUGUCUAGCUCAGAUGAUUCAACUCGCAGAACUUACUAUAAAGUCGCUGGAGAGCGAUGCAUUGUCGCAGUUAAUUAGAGAUUUGGCUUCUAGAGGGCCAAGAAAAUUUCAUCUCUUGAAUAUUAAAUCUACGCCCAUAGGUUAUAACGACUCUAUAGCUCUUGUAGGCAUUCGAACAUUACGAAGUUUGCAUUGCACAUUCAUGGAUAAUAGGAGCUUGGAACUACUAGUUCAAUUACCGGAGCUUCAAGCUCUUGAUAUUCAAUUUAAUCAGUCUGUUGACGAAAACAUCAAGUGCCUGGCAAAGUUAAAAAUGUUAAGCUAUCUUCAAAUAGCAUCACCAGCAGUCGGAUCUCUAACGGCUCUUUUCAGAGAGAUGUCGUUAAGGUCAAAGCCUAUAUUAUAUAAACUGGAUAUUACAGACAAUGACGUCGGAACAGAGGAGCUUCAGCAAAUUAUUAAAAUCAAUUCUCUUCGAAGACUCAAAUGUGGAUUGAGUGAAGAGGAAAGCUUCGAAUACUUUUCGAAAUUGAGAAAUCUAGAAGUGCUUGAAAUAUGUUCGUACCAUGACCUUAAUGAAAUUUCUCAAAGUCUGUUACUGAUUUUGAAAAAGUGUCGGAAAUUAACAGAUAUUAAUUUUCAUUACGGAACACGAUUUAUAAGUCUGGAGUUUGUUUGUAAAGCUUUAAAGAUUCUCGAAGUAAUUAGGUACCCGCCAAUCCAAUAUCCAUUAGAGUUGCGUGUUCCAUACUUUGGAGACUUAACGCCGGAACAAAUUGCUUUAGCACCUGAAUUGUACUUGAAAAUAUCUAGAUUUAAGAAAGAAUCAUAA